CAUCUGAGCCACUGAGGAAGCCCCAACAUCCAAGAAUUCAUAAACUAUACUUUGCUGAUAAGAGGCUCAAAGGUGUCUUAGAGAUUCUCUGGACCACUGCCCUGAAGCUCUUCAAGGAAUGGAUGGAGAAAUAUAAAUACAUACAUAUACAUGUACCUAGGUCAUUAUCAGUGUAUUUAGUAAGCAGUCCAUAAAUAUUCAUCUACUAAAUGAGCUCAGGUCAACAUGAUUCAUGACUGUUGCCUAUUUACAAAGACUCUAUCUCAUGUGAGAUUGGAAGACAUAUAGUAUAACUGUAUAGUUUACUUGUCUUCCUUCUUUGCAAAGGUGCCGUACCUCUUGCUUCAUGAUUAUGUUCUUGCAAUAAAUCUUAAAUCUAGCUGAAUAAUGGAGCAAGCUUGGAUAGACAGUGGAGUUGUAAGAUGAUAUUCUUCAUUUCUAGAGGCAAGUAGCAGCAGUAUUAGUUUACUGAUUUGAGUUUCAACUCAAGUAUCUGGUGCUAUAUUCCUUCUCAGUCUCCAUGAUUCCUUUUUCUUACUCGCAUCACUUAUAUGUUGAUGUUUUACAGAAAACCCUUCUCGUUCUACGCAUUCUCUCUAAUCACAUCUCCUCUGUGGCUUCAAUCAAGAAUUUUUGUAUCAUUGACUCCAAAAUUGCCUAUCUGGACCAGAUCUUCCUCUGGAACCUAUGUAUCCACUUUACCUGUGCUGCUUGAAUUUCCCACUUGUUGCUCUGCCUUUAUUCACUGUUGCAAAUAAUACCAGUAUUGUACAUGUGGUUGACCAAGUCAGGAACAGAGAAAUCAGUCUUGACUCCCUUUCCCACUGCCCCAUGAGUGAUAUUUUUAAAAACAAAUUAAUGACAUAACGAUAAGCUGCUUAAGCCUCUCAAGUGGCUCUCCAUUGCCUUCCAUAUAAAAAUAAGGUUGCUUAGUAUGGCACACAAGGCCCUCCAUGUCACACCCCCUACCUUUCUCUAAAACAUUUCUCAUCCCUUUUGCCUUUUCACAUUGUGUUUUUUUUUUUUUUCAAGUGUUGAAACGUUUGUCUGAACUGUGCUUUGGGGAAUUAAAACUAGGCUUAGUCUUGUGUAGUACCCAACAGGCCAGAGAGGUAACAGGGAAGCAGUGCUGCUCCUGAGGCUGCUGGAGAGCAGCCGCUUCGUUAGCCAGAGGUCCCCUUGGGGUAAGAUGACUGCCAGGGAGAGUAGAGACUGAAGAAUUCCCCACCGUUACUAACUGGGAGUUUCUGGGUUUAAUUUUUAUGAAGGAAAAUGUAUUUUUUGGUGAACUUACUGUGCUGUCUGCUCAUUAAUCCUCCCAGUGGCUUCUCAAGUGACCUGUCUUCAGUGCAUUUCCUCCUUUGCUUAAGGCCCUGUUCAUUUUAAGCAUUGUAUGCAUUAAUGUUAUCUAUUUUAGAAAUAAUUUGUGUUUAACAUUUUGGGUAUUUUUGUUACUUUGAAACAUGGUGUGAGAUUUGACUUUUGUCAGUUUAUUUUCAUUGCAUUUCUCAUAUUUCUGUUUUCAACUGUGAAAGGAUGGAAAUUUUUGAUUACAGUGUUAGUUUGCUGAGCAUCUGAAAUGUUAGUUUAUCUAUAUAACUUUAUAAAAGCUUUAAACAUUAUUUUGCCUCAUGUCACUGUGAACAAAAAAUAUUGCCUGCUACUUCAGAAAAUAGUGCUGCCUGCCAUCAAGCCAACAUCUACAUCCACCCCCAGUAGCACUCCCUGAGGAGAACUGAAAAGGUAGAAAAAUUAGGUACUGACCACAGAUAGUUAAGAUGCAUAUCCGAAGAAUAAUUUCAGCGAGCCCAGACUCUUGUAUCUCCCUAGACAUAAAAAAGCACUAACAUCGUUAAAUUGAGACAUCUGUUCUUUGUGAUUGGCAGUAAUCAUUCAAUCUUUAAUUACAUGUUUUAUUUUUUCCUCUCAGCAAAAACUGUUUAUCCUGACUCCUCCCUUACCUCUUGGGAGCCAUUUCUCAGAGCUAUCUCAGAGGCUCUCUCCCAGACUGUAGUCCUCAGUAGGUCCCCAAAUAAAACAUAAUUUGCAGCUUUUAGAUUGUUUUUCUUCAGUCAAGAUAACCAUUAAAAAGUUGGUAGCAAAGAUUUUUAAAAGCAUUAGUGUUAGAUAUUUCAUUAUUUCAAUGGUUGUUGAGAUGUUUCAUUCUGAAAUCAUCCACUUGAUACUCAUUGGAGGUUAUGUCCUUGAAAAAUUUUAAAUGUAUAGUUGUCCAUAAGUACGCCCACUUCCAUCCCAGAAUGAAGUCAUUCCUUCUGUUUUCCAGUCAAGAAAUAGUUUCACUAAAGUUUUCAACACUUUUUUUUUUUAGUUAGCAGAAAUAAGGGAGAUGCCUAGGUCAUCUUUGUUUUUCAUUCUUUCUAAAGAGACAGUGACCAAGGACUCCAGUGGUUAGGCCUCCACACUUCCACAGCCAAGGACCUGGGUUCAGUCCCUGGUCAGGGAACUAAGAUCAUGUGGCUGAAAGAAAAGAAGAAACAGUGACAAAAAUAUUUUUCCUGAAGGAAAGUAAUAGCCCAAUUAAAUCUUGAUUUUAUUUAGAAACUAAGUGGAUUUUUAGUAGCAUGUGCCUUAGAAAAGUUACAGUCUAUGUCUGUUGAGCUCUUAGGCUAUUCACUUAUUUUUUCUUUAGGUGAUGCAAAAACUUUCUGGAUGGAGCUGGAAGAUGAUGGGAAAGUGGAUUUCAUAUUUGAACAAGUACAAAAUGUGCUGCAGUCACUGAAACAAAAGAUCAAAGAUGGGUCUGCCACAAAUAAAGAAUACAUCCAAGCAAUGAUUCUAGUAAAAGAUGCAACUAUAAACCACAAUUCAACAUUGAUAAAGGAUCAUACAUCUGUGACCCAGAAUGCAGAAGAAAACAAAUUAAGUUCAUUGCCCUCGACAUCAUAUGAAGACUUCUUUCCAAAAGACUGCACCUAUCUAUCUACAGAAAACCAAGAAAUUCCCCUUAUGGAAAAUAAAGAUGCAGACUUUAGAGAAAAAGAAUCUUCUUUAAAUUUAUCUUACCAAAAGCAUGAGUGCUCUGGCACCUGUCUGAUGAAAAUGCCAUUUAACUUCAAGGGGGAAAACCCUCUGCAGCUACCAGUCAAAUGCCAUUUCCAAAGACGACACGCAAAGACAAACUCUCAUUCUUCAGCACUCCACGUGAGUUAUAAAACCCCUUGUGGAAGGAGUCUACGAAACAUGGAGGAAGUUUUUCGUUACCUGCUUGAGACAGAGUGUAACUUUCUAUUUACAGAUAACUUUUCUUUCAAUACCUAUGUUCAAUUGACUCGGAAUUACCCAAAGGAAGAAGAAAUUGUUUCUGAUGUGGAUAUUAGCAAUGGAGUGGAAUCGGUGCCCAUUGCUUUCUGUAAUGAAAUUGACAAUAGAAAACUUCCACAGUUUAAAUACAGAAAGACUAUGUGGCCACGAGCAUAUUAUCUAAACAGCUUUUCCAACAUGUUUACUGAUUCAUGUGACUGUUCUGAGGGCUGCGUAGACAUAACAAAAUGUGCAUGUCUUCAACUGACAGCAAGGAAUGCCAAGACUUGCCCCUUGUCAAGUAAUAAAAUAACCGCUGGAUAUAAAUAUAAAAGACUAGAGAGACAGAUACCUACUGGCAUUUAUGAAUGCAGCCUGUUAUGCAAGUGUGAUCGACGAAUGUGUCAAAACCGAGUUGUCCAGCACGGACCUCAAGUGAGGCUACAAGUGUUCAAAACUGAGAAGAAGGGAUGGGGAGUGCGCUGUCUAGAUGAUAUUGACAGAGGGACGUUUGUUUGCAUUUAUUCAGGAAGAUUACUAAGCAGAUCUGACACUGAGAAACCUGAUGCUGUUGAUGAAAAUGGAAAAGAAGAGAAUGUUAUGAAAAAUAUGUUUUCCAAAAAGAGGAAAAUAGAAGUUGCAGAUUGUGAGGUUGAAGUUAUCCCAAUAGAACUGGAAGCAUGUCCGAGAAGUAUGGAGACUCAGGAGUAUCCACCUAAGUUCCAUAAUAAUACCAAAGAGCCUAUUAUAGGAAUGAAAUAUAACAGCAUUGCAAGAAUUCGAUAUCAUUCAGUCAUUAGGAGUCCUAAAACCAAGACGGUCAUUAUUCAACACAAUGGGAAAAAUAUGGGAUUUACUUCCUCAGAGGCUGUCACCUCAGAAGAUAAUGGAGAACUUAAUCCAGCUCAAGUACAUCUGAACUCUAAAGCCAAGGAAAUGAGAAAGGACUCAAGCUCAAACCAAGUUGAAGAUUGUGAAGACAAGCCUGUGAUUGAAUCUGAUGUGAUAGAUAUAACCAAGUGUAGAGAAGACACUCCACCAGGGGACACAUGUCACCAAGCAGUCACACUGGAUAACAAGAAUGAGGUUCAAAUACAAAAGCCCCAAGAGGAAAAAUCUCCAGCAUGUCAAAACCAGCAGGUCUUUUUUGGUAAAGAGUUACCAAAUGAAAUCAAGGAUGCUUCAUCUGAUUCUCUAGAGAAGUUCAAUAAAGGGAAUGUGUUUUUAUUGGAUGCCACAAAAGAAGGAAAUGUGGGCCGCUUCCUUAAUCAUAGUUGUUGCCCAAAUCUUUUGGUACAGAAUGUUUUUGUAGAAACACAUGACAGAAGUUUUCCCUUGGUGGCGUUCUUCACCAACAGGUAUGUGAAAGCAAGAACAGAACUAACAUGGGAUUAUGGUUAUGAAGCUGGAACUAUGCCUGAGAAAGAAAUCCUCUGCCAAUGUGGGGUUAAUAAGUGUAGAAAAAAAAUAUUAUAAAUCUGUAGUUAAUACGUGCUCAUGAAAUCAGCUGAUCAAGCUGAAACUAGGGCCAUGCAAAAGAAAUCCCUGUGGCCAGUGGAAUUAAUUUACAUUACGAUCUGUCAAGAGAUCCCAGUUUACCCUUAUUGGGAGUGUUUAUUUGCAUUACUUAGAAAUGCUUGGAACAAAAUAGGGACAUUUUCAUAUGCAUAGCCUAUCUCUUUAUUCUUACUGCUCUUCAACUGUACAUGAGUAGAAUGGAUGUGUAUAUUUUAUAUGAAACACCACUGUAUAAUUUGUAACUUAUUUGUAAAUUAUAUAUUCAGAAGAACUGAUGUCACAGUUGAUUUCAGCACUUCUUACUGCUUUUGUAAUUAUGAUCUUUGACUUUCAAGGCCCCACAGGGCCACAUUUCACCUCUUUACCUACAAAAUUUAUUUAUGUUUAGUUCCUGGCAAAUAAUUUACCAUUGUGAGCCAUAAGAUGGGCAUCAGAGCCUGAAGAAUAUUAAUAUUAUGCAAAUUACUUCCAAGUAUUUUAAGUUAAUUGGAUAAGCUCCAUGAAAUAGUGUCCCAUCAGUCCACUUGAAUGAGAAAGAAGAGAAACUCUCCUAGGGGAAAGUUUUGGCACAUUUUUUGAAAUGAAACUUCUUUUCCACAGAUUCUUUUCACUCCUUCUAUACAAACACAGGAAAAGCGAGAAUAGAAACUUGGAUGAGCUGAAAUAUUUUUGUUCUAGACAGAGUAGAACUGUAAGAAAAGGAAACUUAUAAGAGAAUAGUCAGACAUGGCUUAUUUAUUGCCAGAAGAGAUGGUGCUGGGUAAGAAUUUCACUUAAAACAAUUCUGUUGAAAGAGUCUGAAACAGACCGUUGGAGUUUCCUGGGCAUGAUGUGCAAAUUAUUUUCCUAGAGAAAAAGGGAAAGAUUUACUCUGCUGUAGGUUUCCUGACCAUGAUCAUCUAGUGAAAAGGGGGUGAGAGUCUCCAAGAGUUAAAACAAAGAUGUACAUUUGGCUGUCAGGAAAUUCUCCUCGCCCCUGGAACCAGCAUAGGAAUACUAGCUCAAAAAGGAGGAAUUGAAGUAGUUCUGGGUUUUUUAGGGUUUGUUUUUUUUCUCAGCUUCUGGGUUUAAUUACCUUUGGUUACCUUUCAGACAAUGGAGAAGGAAAUGGCAACCCACUCCAGUAUUCUUGCCUGGAGAAUCCCAGGGACAGAGGAGCCUGGUGGGCUGCCAUCUGUGGGGUCGCACAGAGUCAGACACGACUGAUGUGACUUAGCAGCAGCAGCAGCACCUUUCAAACAAGAAUCUAAAUUUGUACUAGGUUUAAUUUCUUUAAAAUAUUGAACUAAAUAAAAAUUUAACUUGAAGGUGGGUUAGAGAGUGGGAAACCAAAGAGCUAGGAAAGGGAGCAAGAAAUUGUAACCAGACAGCCAUAGACAAAUGGGCAAAGCUGAGAAGUUCAUUUAUUCACCGUAAAGAUGCAGGAAUUUUAGGCAACGCACUGAAAUAAAAUGAAGACACUUGAAAAGUAUGGGAAAUCUGUACAGAGAUCUGACAUCUUGAUCUCCUCCAUCUGUACUGGUUCCCAGCUGUCAUCUCCCGUCAGCAUCCUAGAGAUUCCCUUUGUCUUUCCGAUGUCAGGUCUAUUUCUAGUUAAAUCCCCUUAUUUCUCCUUUCAUUGAUUUACUGCCACAUAUAGGCAUGGGGUCACAAAGAGCUGGACACAACUGAAUGACUUUCACUUUAUGGGUGAAGCACAUCCUCCAGUACCUUUUGAAAGGGAAAAAAUGAGACUAUAUGUUUCAAUAUGUUCUUUUGCCCUUACACUUGAUUGCUGUUUUGGCAGGGCAGAGAGUUCUGAGUAGCUUUCAUACCCAAUUUUGAACAUACAUGCUACAUUCCAGUGUUGCUGCUUUGAAAUCUGAAAAUGUUCUCACCUCUCGCCUUCAGAGUGACUGUUGGAAGUCAGAGGCCAUUUUUUCUCUCUUAUAUUUGUGACCAGUCUUUCUCUCUCUAGAACGUUACAGCAAUCUCUUUGACCCAGUGUUCUGUUCCCAGUAAAGGUCUAUUAUUACACCUGA